UUUGAUGGCAAGAGUUGCAAACAAACGGCUUCAUCGGUGUUGCGGUCGUCUUGUUUUGUCUCAUUUCUGGUCUUUUCAUUCGUCACUUUUUUCUGUGGCGUUCGACGAAUGAGUGGCCGAUUCUAUUGGUCUCUCUCCUCGUGGUUGCCAUCACUGGUCAGUUCGGGACUCGCGAUACUCAUCGAGAGGCCUUCACGACGGCAAGCGUUAGCUGUUUACUGCGCAAACCUGGCCUCGCAUACAGCCAACAGGAGUUCCAGCGGACAGCACUUACUUCUACAACACAGUCAACACAUCGCCAAA